GGUCUGUCAGGCAAGCGUUGCUUGCAACGUCAUCAUUACGCACCCCAGUGCAGGGAAGGACCCCUCGCAUUAUUUUGAGGACCGACUUGGUGGGACUGCAUCAUUGCAGUCGGAUGGCAGUCCAAGAUCCGGGCUUCGAAAGGCUCAUCAGGCGAAAGGCCGUGGAAAGCCUCGGGACUUUGAGACUCGGUGGGCCCUACCCCGUUUCCCUUCGGGUGACGGCGCUGUGACGAGCAACUGACAGGCGCAACGAAAGGCAGCCCCUCUGCUGUCUUGGAGAAAAGCAGAGACCUGGGCUACUGGCCUCGGGAGGGAGCCGAGGGCAGUGCUUGGGGGCAGCGGGUCACAACGGCUGAAAGCGCGCGUGGGGAGCGGGGUCUCAGGAUGGAAUGAGUUUCGGGAUGUCAGAGAAAGAUGUCUCCCGGGAGGAGGCGGGCUAAAGAGUGGGUACCACUACCUGCCUCAAGACAGGUGGGAGAGAAGGGGAUGAGGCUGGUGUCCAAAGAUCAGGGGUCCCUGGCUCUGUGUUCAAGGAGUUAGUUUGAUGUAGCAGGCAUAGGUCAGAGGUCUCACGCAAGUGAGAAGGCGCUAAGAGAAGUCACAAAGCUGAGGAGUUGAAUCUUUUGGAAGGUUGAAUUCUCUAGUGAGAGCUGUCAGGUUAGAAUUCAAAGAGAUGUUAUGUCAUGGAAGUCAAAGACUGGCAAAGUAAGCCUGUCAAAGAUCACAGGAUUAGCGGGCCCUCUAAAUUUGGCUAUAGAUAAGCGACUUCACUUGAUUUACUAUUCUGCCAUGCGUGCUCCUCUCUUGACCAGAGGGGUCCCAGUCACCAUGGAGGACCGGCACUCCAAACAGACCAUGGAGCAGCAGGAUUCGUCCAAGAAGAGAAGUUCCCGAAGUCCGGGAGGUGACAUCUGCCACCUGGGGGCCCUGCAGUGCACCCGCUGCCUCAUCACCUUCGCCGAUUCCAAGUUCCAGGAGCGCCACAUGAAGCGGGAGCACCCAGCGGACUUCGUGGCCCAGAAGCUGCAGGGGGUCCUCUUCAUCUGCUUCACCUGCGCCCGAUCCUUCCCCUCCUCCAAGGCCCUGAUCACCCACCAGCGAGGCCACGGACCAGUGGCCAGGCCCUCCCAGCCGGCUGCACCCAUCACCACACCGCCCACCUUCCCCUGUCCCGACUGUGGCAAGACCUUCGGGCAGGCUGCUUCUCUGAGGCGGCAUCGCCAGGCACACGAGGCCUGCACCCUUCCUGGCCCCUUUGCCUGCACCGAGUGUGGUCAGGACUUUGCCCAGGAAGCAGGGCUGCACCAACACUAUAUCCGGCACGCGCGCGGGGAGCUCUGAGAGUAGCUUACUCCCGCCCCAGGGCCAUGGGAGCUCUGUGGCUGGUGGGAUGCACGUCUGAUAUGGGAUGGGAGCCUUGGACUUUCCUCCCUGGAAAGGCAAAGGACUCUUGAUAAACAGGACCCAGAAGAUGCUCAUUUGGAGCUUCAGUCUCUGGAGGACACAAAAGCCUUCAGGGAAACCAGUCAAAUCAGACAAUAAUGAGAUCUAUUGUUUUAAAAAGAAAUUAACAGGAAAGAGGGAAAACUGUUAUUUGUAUCUCCCUCAUCCCCAAUUAAAUAGUUUGAAAUUGCAACUA